AUGUCGAAUCUUACAUCCAUAUCUGAGUUUCUGCUCCUGGGAUUUUCAGAGGUCCAAGAACUACAAAUCUUACAUUUCUCUGUGUUCCUAGCAAUAUACUUAACAGCAGUGACAGGGAAUCUUCUCAUUAUCGUGGCAGUUGCCCUUGAUCAUCACCUGCACACACCCAUGUACUUUUUCCUGAUGAACCUGGCCAUGUUGGAUCUUGGAUCAAUUUCUGUCAUGGUACCCAAAUCUAUGGUCAAUUCCCUCAUGAAUAGUCGAUCUAUUUCCUAUUCUGGUUGUGUUGCUCAAGUCUUCUUUUUCAUUUCCCUUGCAGGAUCAGAUCUGAUCCUUCUAACAGUAAUGGCACAUGAUCGAUAUGUUGCUAUCUGCAACCCGCUACGCUAUGAGACAAUUAUGCACAAAGGAGCCUGCAUUCAGAUGGCAGCCAGUGCAUGGAUUACUGGCAUUUUCUUUGGCACAUUACAGACUGGUGGCACUUUUGCAAUCACCUUCUGCUCCAAUAUUGUCAAUCAGUUCUUCUGUGAGGUUCCACAAUUAUUAAAGCUCUCCUGCUCUGAUUUAUAUCUAAUUGAAGUUGGGUUUCUGGCACUUGGCUGUAGCUUAGGCCUAGCAUGUUCCGUCUUCAUCAUUUUAACUUAUAUGCAGAUCUUUGCUACAGUGCUCAGAAUCCCUUCUGCACAGGGUCAGAAAAAAGCCCUUUCCACCUGCCUUCCUCACCUCACUGUUGUCUCUCUGUUCAUGUUCACUGUAUUAUUUACCUAUGCGAGGCCUUCCAAUAACUCUUUCUCCAGCCUUGAUAUAGCUUUUGCUGUGAUAUAUACAGUAAUUCCUCCUAUGAUGAAUCCAUUCAUCUAUAGCAUAAGGAACAAAGAGCUAAAGACUGCAUUGUGGAAGCUAAUAGUUGUUGAGAAUUCUUCUAAAACCAUCUCAAGAGGAAUUGUUAUAUGA